AUGCAGAACCUGAGAGCUACAAACAGGAAGACAGAAUGCAGAUUACAAAUGGUGCAAGGAACCAGAUAUGUUGCAGAUCUGGAGAUUGUCCAGACCCACCUGCCAUCUCAGGCUGAACGAGUCACAGAUCCACAAACUAAUGUUGCAGCUGAUUCAGAUGCUGAAUCCAAGUUCCCAGCCACAUUCAAAAUUCUGGAUCAUCGAGAUCUCCCAGUUUUGCAAAGAGCCAAGGCUGAAUUGAUAGUGAGGCAUGGGAAAAAUAACCUCGACAUGUUUAUCUGUGCUCAUGUUGCCAGUAUGAUUGCUCUCAUCAGUCUGUAUAUUGAUCCAGAGCUCAGAUUUGGUCAGAUGAAAUGCUCCAAGCUUGUAGCGAAAGCAGUUAGAAGAGGGGUUGAUCAUGCCUGA